AGUCUGUAUUGCACACAUGCUGGGGACAGGAUUACAGAGCUGCAGCUAACAUGACAUAGCAGAUAAUGAGAGGCGCCUCACACCCAAAGCGAGGAGGAGGGGUACCGGCUUAUCUGCGUUGCCCACACUGGGCAUAUCUGUAUCCAGGGCUCAGCACAUGGAGGAGACCCCCAGGAGGUGACCCCUGCCAACGCUGACCUUCACAGGGAGCUGCAGACAUGAUGAGAGUCUCCCUGUGUGUCCCUCACCUGCUGGGGGGUGGUAGGUACAGAGCCUGGCAGAGCUACAGGAAGGCUGGCUUUACAGUGUGCUGUUCUUUCAGGACUAGAGACCGGUGUGUGCCCCCUGGGACUACGGCCAUGCCUGGCCAAUAUAUGCCAAUCCGGACUCGUAGUCUGGCUUCUCAGUAUGUGCUCAGUAGGACUUUCACCUUACCUGUGCCCUCCAGGACCUCCACCUUACCUGGUCAGCAUGUGCCCUCCAGGACCUCCACCUUGCCUGGCCAGCAUGUGCCCUUCAGGACCUCCACCUUGCCUGGCCAGAAUGUGCCCUCCAGGACCACCACCUUGCCUGGCCAGCAUGUGACCACCACCUUACCUGGCCAGUAUGUGCUCUCCAGGACCUCCACCUUAACUGGCCAAUAUGUGCCCUCCAGGACCCUCACCCAGCUUUCUUCUUGGCCAGCUUCUUCUUUUGCCAGCCACAGGUGGUACAGCACAUCGCCCUCCAGCCAAGGAGCGCAGGACUCAGAGCCCAGGGAUGAGAAGGACUCAGGAAAAAGGAAAAAGAGCCUGGCCUCUGAGGAUGUCAGGAGGCUGCUGGCCUUGGCCCAACCAGAGAAAUGGAGGUUAUCAGCGGCGGUGGGAUUCCUCACCGUGUCCAGUGUCAUCACCAUGUCUGCGCCAUUCUUCCUGGGGAAAGUGAUCGAUGUGAUCUAUUCCAACCCUUCCGGGGAUUUCUCCUCCAGCCUGACCACACUGUGCGCCUUACUGAGCGGAGUCUUCCUGUGCGGAGCCGCCGCCAACGCGGCCCGCGUCUACCUCAUGCAAACCUCAGGGCAGCGUAUCGUCCGCCAACUGCGCUCCUCGCUCUUCUCCUCCGUCCUGCGGCAGGAAGUGGGAUUCUUUGACAAGACGCGGACCGGAGAACUGAUCAAUCGCUUGUCGUCGGACAGCGUUCUGAUCGGUAGAUCGGUCACGGAGAACCUCUCGGAUGGGCUCAGAGCGGUGGCGCAGGCUACGGUUGGAGUUGGGAUGAUGUUCUUUGUGUCUCCAGAAUUGGCUACAUUUGUGCUGAGCGUCAUCCCUCCCUUGGCGGUUGUCGGCGUCGUCUACGGCAGAUAUUUACGGAAGGUCUCCAAACUGACCCAAGAUUCGCUGGCAGAUGCCACCCAGUUGGCAGAAGAGCGUAUCGGUAAUGUGAGGACGGUCCGCGCCUUCGGGAAGGAGAUGCACGAGAUGAAGAAGUAUGACAGCAAGGUGGAUUAUGUUCUGGACUUGGCGUAUAAAGAGGCCAUGGCUCGGGCCGGGUUCUUUGGAUUGACGGGGUUAUCGGGGAAUUUCAUUGUCCUGGCUGUGUUGUACAAAGGAGGUCUUCUAACUGGAGCCGCGCAGAUGACAGUUGGUGAACUUUCCUCUUUCCUGAUGUACGCCUUCUGGGUAGGGAUCAGCAUCGGAGGGCUCAGCUCAUUCUACUCGGAGCUCAUGAAGGGAUUUGGUGCCGGAACCCGUAUCUGGCAGCUGCUGGACCGGAAACCGGAGAUGGCUUUUAAUGAGGGGGAGAUGUUGGCACCAGAGAAGUUCAGAGGUGCCCUGGAGUUCCGCAACGUCACCUUCAUGUACCCGAGUCGCCCUGAGGCUGCCAUCUUCCAGAAUCUCGAGCUUGCCAUUCCCUCUGGCUCUGUGAUGGCUGUGGUUGGUCCAAGCGGUUCUGGAAAAUCCACGUUGGUUUCUUUGCUGCUGAGACUGUACGAUCCUAAUUCUGGUACUAUCCACAUUGACGGUCGUGAUGUGCGCCACUUGAAUCCGCUCUGGUUACGCUCCAAGAUUGGGACAGUCAGCCAGGAACCGGUCCUCUUUUCUUGCUCCAUCUCGGAGAACAUUGCAUAUGGGGCAGAAGACCCGGCCUCCGUCACCCAGGAGGAGAUCCGGCGGGUCGCCGACAUCGCCAAUGCUUUGAGCUUCGUGGAAAACUUUCCGAAAGGCUUUGAUACGGUGGUUGGAGAGAAGGGCGUCCUGCUGUCAGGUGGUCAGAAACAACGAAUAGCCAUCGCCCGAGCACUUCUUAAGGAUCCCAGAAUUCUCCUCCUGGAUGAAGCAACGAGCGCAUUGGAUGCAGAAAACGAAUUCCUGGUUCAGGAAGCUCUGGACCGGCUGAUGGAAGGACGGACGGUCCUGAUCAUCGCCCACCGCCUCUCCACCAUCCAGAACGCGGACGCGGUGGCGGUCAUCGACCAGGGCCGGGUGGUGGAGUGCGGUAAACACGAGCAGCUGCUGAAAAACAAAGACGGACUGUUCAGUAAACUCAUGGACAAGCAGGCCACCCUCCUGCGCAGCAGAGACGCCGUCCUCGCCGCACAGUGACAAAGUUCUCCUCUGGGAUGACUACUUCUUCUUCUUCUUCUUUUUUUUCUUUUUUUUUUACUUUUUAAAAUUUUGACUUUUUUUAUGUUUCUGUGAAAAGAUACAAGAGGGGUAUUUUUGACAACAUGGUAUUUUCUUUUUUUUAACCAACAAUUUUUUAAGUGCCGGUCAUGUUUACAUUGUAAUGGUCCUCCUGAUUGUUAAUGUUCUGAUUUCCUGUACUGAGAACAUAUAUAUAUAUAUUUAUAUAAAUUGUCAAAUAAUAAUGAAAAUGAUUGAGAUUUAAUAUA